CGUCCAGCAAGGUUUAACAAAGCCAGAUAAGGACAGCAGUUUGGAAGAGAUUCAGUUCCCCAGAGGGAACCUGGGAGCUGCUACCGGGCAUACCUCUGCGAGGCAGGAUAAAGCUGGGCGCCUCAGCCGCUAACAGAGCACCAUCCCUCCAAGCGGCCGAGCAGCUUCCGGCCGCCCGAGACAACUUCCGCCACCCUGCCUGGGCAGGGCGGCGUGCUAUGGUCAUGUGAUUCCCCGCCCCGGCAGCGCGGCGGCGGCAGCCGCGGGAGGCCGCCCCCAGCCUGCUUCCUAGUAGCAACUUCUGUGGCCCGGCCUCUCCGGGAGGAUGGUGGCAGUGAGAUGAGCCCCGAGUCGGAGCCGCCGCCAUCUUCGGCCCAGGAGGAAGAGGAGGAGGAGGAGGAGGUGCCGCCGUCGCUGCUGCCGCCGCCGUCGCUGCUGCUGCUGCUGCUGCUGCCGCCGCCGCCGCCGCCUCUGCUGAGGGAGGGCAGCGGCACCAGGCGGGGCGGCUGUAUCAUGCUGGUGAAGAGGGUCGGCCUCAAGGUGGGCGGUGGCGCGCAGCAAGGUAUUGAUCGGCCAAGCGUAUACCAUGCGGUAGUCGUCAUAUUUCUCGAAUUCUUUGCCUGGGGACUCUUGACAACCCCAAUGCUAACGGUCUUACAUGAAACAUUUUCCCAUCAUACAUUUUUAAUGAAUGGUCUUAUUCAAGGUGUUAAGGGUUUUUUGUCCUUUCUCAGUGCUCCACUAAUAGGUGCUCUGUCAGACGCAUGGGGAAGAAAAUCUUUUCUUCUUCUUACAGUUUUCUUCACCUGUGCCCCAAUUCCGUUAAUGAGGAUAAGUCCAUGGUGGUACUUCGCUAUGAUUUCGGUAUCUGGAAUCUUUUCUGUUACCUUUUCUGUAAUAUUUGCCUAUGUAGCUGAUGUAACCCAAGAACAUGAAAGAAUUGCAGCCUAUGGACUGGUAUCUGCCACCUUUGCAGCAAGUUUGGUAACUAGUCCUGCUAUUGGAGCAUACCUGUCUGCCAGCUAUGGAGAUAAUCUUGUUGUACUGGUGGCCACAUUGGUGGCUGUGGUGGACAUCUGUUUCAUCCUGCUAGCUGUACCAGAAUCUCUGCCAGAAAAAGUGAAACCUGCUUCAUGGGGAGCUUCUAUAUCAUGGGAACAAGCAGACCCUUUUGCAUCUUUGAAGGUUAGAAAAGAUUCUACGGUUCUCCCGAUCUGCAUUACAGUGUUUCUCUCCUAUCUGCCUGAGGCUGGCCAGUAUUCUAGCUUUUUUCUGUACUUGCGACAGAUCAUAGGUUUUGGAUCUGCUAACAUUGCAGGAUUUAUAGCUGUGGUAGGCAUUCUGUCUAUAAUAGCUCAGACUGUGUUUCUCAGUAUCUUGAUGAGGUCGAUAGGGAACAAAAAUACAGUUCUCCUUGGCCUUGGCUUUCAAAUCCUUCAGUUGGCUUGGUAUGGUUUCGGAUCUCAGUCUUGGAUGAUGUGGACAGCAGGAGCUGUAGCAGCAAUGUCAAGCAUUACAUUCCCGGCAAUCAGUGCUCUGGUUUCACAAAAUGCAGAGUCAGAUCAACAAGGUGUUGUCCAAGGAAUAAUAACUGGAAUAAGAGGUCUUUGCAAUGGCCUGGGACCAGCACUGUAUGGCUUUAUUUUCUUUCUCUUUCAUGUGGAGCUCAAUGAAUUGCCACCUGAUCAGACUUCUGAAAAAAAGGCAAUGCAAGAUCCCAGUGAUGAGAGAUCAAUCGUUUCUGGUCCACCCUUCCUGGUUGGAGCAUGCAUUGUUCUUCUGGCUUUUCUAGUCGCCUUAUUUAUUCCUGAGCACAGCAUAGACAACAGUACCAGAAAACACAGCAACAGCAUCAGCAGUACUCUAAGUAACAACCUAGACCAAAGUAGUGAAGAGGACAUUGAACCACUGCUGCAAGAUAGCAGUGUAUGAAGGCUAACUUCCAAGGAGACUAUGGAAAAAAUUCAUGCACUGAACUGUGGCUGUGGAAGUUUGAUGGGAUGUACAGGGUAUCUGGCCUCUGAAAGGAAGACAGCUGUGUACAAGGGAAGGUCACAUGCUGUAUGAUACUUGAGGUUGAUACAAUACUUGCAGGAGCAUUUGUUCAGCAUGGCAGGUGACAACUGGGUGUGAUUCUACCCAGUAUUGGACUGCAAAUGCUAGGUCAAAUCCUGGUAUUGGGCAGAAACCCGAAUAUACAGACAUAACGGAAUUUUUAUUAAAGUUUGAAUGUUCAGUUCCCAAAGUUGUAUACAAAAUAAUCAGGUUUGAGGCAGAGCUGUUUCUGCCACUGCUGUUAAAGGUUGUUUUGCCUUUCUUAGCCUUUUAUCUGCAUGUAUGCCACAUGUAGCCCUCACAAUGUGAGGGGGACUGAUGUAUGUGAUCUGUGUAUCUGAAAUAGUGGUUAUCAAUAAAAGUACAUUUUCUGAA